AUGACGUCAUAGCCCCGCCCCUUCCACCAUGUGCAGCUGUACUCACCUCAUGUAGUUCAGUUAGAGAGUUAACUGCUCUGCCUGAGUCACCUGUUGUGUUGAGGGCUUUAUUGUGUGUGUCCAUGAGAACCUUGAAACUACAGCUUCAAAACAGACACCACACCACACACUUCAUCAGAUAGCUUCCAUACUUCACAAGGCCCCGCAUUCCUUCAUCACUCUGCAGCCCUCCAGCUGUCUAUCAAACACGCCGCGUCAUGUGACCUGCAGGAGGCGGGGCGUCAGGCUUCAAAAAGAGCUGCAGUGAGAGGACCAGGACCAGAGACCAAACCAGAACCAGAACCAGAAGCAGUAGCAGGAGCAGAAGAUCCCCGACCAGCAGACAGUAUGCAGUGUGUGCGUUGUCCCGCCAUCUUGGUUGUUGUAGCGAUGGUUCUGUGCAGCCCCGGCGUUUCCUCUCAGCUCGAAGCAGACCAGGACCAGUACCAGGACCAGAACCAGGACCUGGAGCUUGAGCUGCGACACCAUCGGCUGCUGCAAAGAGCUCGCGGCGCUGGGCUCCUGUCACAGGAAUGGAGCAAACGUGCAGUCGAGGACCUGCUGGCUCAGAUGUCUCUGCCAGAGGCCCAGCGAGAGGCUGAGGUCGUCUCCACGGCAACAGGAGGAAAGAUGAACCUGGAGAGGUCAGUCGAUCCCCCCAACAACCUGCCCCCCCGCGAACGCAAAGCUGGCUGCAAGAACUUCUACUGGAAGGGCUUCACCACCUGCUAAAGCCCCGCCCACCCAGCUUGGGUCACUCCUUCACUGGACCAACUGACCAAUCCCAGAUCACCUGCCCUUCACCUGUGCGUCUGGACCGACCAAUCAGCAGCUGUCUGGCUGUCGUGUACCUGAAUAAUUAAUGUAAUUAUCCAUUAAAGAGAGAAAUCAUUUAA